AUCUGUCCGUGCCUCUAAACUCACUUCAUGCGCUGCCACUCGAACAUAUUGAGAGCCUGUGCUCCAUCAGCAUCACCACGCUGAAGCGGAUGUGGCCCCAACAAGGCUUCACAAUGGAGCACUCGUUCGUGGCAGCAAGGUGUGAAACUAUGCAUCAGAACUUGCAUACGCUACAGCUUCCGUUUCACUCGGCGGCGGAUGUCCCGCUGAGGUACCUACCGAGGCUCACAGAUCUAGGCCUGCUCAUCAUGAAGACACCCGACGAACUCGCAUCGGUCCUUCGCCAACUCCCUCAACUCCGCUCACUAUCAUUCUACUCGCUCGCAUCACAAGAAGCCGAGCUAUUCGCUGCCCUCUCAACCCUCAAGUCCGAUCUUCCCAACUUGACGUCGUUCGCGAUACACACCGGAGACGUCGGUAUCCUCGAGAUGCCCUACACAGAGAUGUUUGACAGCUUUCUACGAGACAGGCGCGAGUUGCGACGUCUGUACUGUAGCCUCGAGGUACCCCCGGAGAGCCUGGGUCUGUAUCUGGAUACAAUCAGAACGCUGAAGAACUUGGAGCUCUUUUUUCUCUUGUUGACGAGCCAGCCGUACACCGCCGAGUUCUUCGAGAAUCUGCUCUCCCACCUUCCCGCACGUCUCGUUGGAAUGGGGCUGACAAGCAGCGGACUCCUGUCCGACGCUAGUGUGUUCGAUCAGCUUUGGACACACUUCACGGACUUUCAAUAUCUCUACAUUCGGACCUGGGAGGCGACGGACGUGGAGGCAGAAGCGAUCACCAAGGGCACGAAGUCGCUCCAGCUCUUAGGCUACAACGGCCGCUUUUACGAUGUGGAGUACCCCCACGGUAAACCGGCCUUGCUGCCGCCGUGGUCCGCUCGCAAGGUUGCUUUCCGGAAUGCGCGCGACUUUGGAUGUGAAGGGUGGGAGCGGUUCAUGAGCUACCUGGCUAUCGAGCCAUGAGAGGUGCCGCCUCGGAUGGUGCGCGGCCGCGAUGGCGGUACUGGGGACUAGAGCUGUGUGGAUAGCGUUCGGUGCGUACCCCGUCCUUCUGUGUGACGUCUCUGACUGCAGUCUCGCGUGGGUUGGGAUGUGUGCAGUUUGCGGUGUACCGUCAUGUGCUGUCAAUCUGUCAGUGGAUGGUGAUUCCUC